ACCAAGUUUUUCAAUAUUCUAAUGUGAGUAUAAUAAUUAUUUAGGUGCCUUUUUACAAAAUAUAAAUCAUCAAAUUGAAAUACAAGUUAUAAAAGAUAAGAGUAUUAAUAUUUAAAAAAUAAUAUGUUCAAGCUGAAAUUAAAAGCACUUGGUCAUCCAAAUCCCGAAAAUUUUAAUUGUGAAGAUGAAAAGGAAUAUAGAAGUAUCGUUCUUUGGUUAGAAGACCAAAAAAUCAGGCAUUACAAAAUAGAAGAAAGGGAAGGCCUGCGAAAUAUUGACAGUGACUCUUGGAAAGAAGCAUAUGACACAUAUCAGAAAGACCUAGUUAGUCCAAUAAAUAGUGGAGAUCCAAAUGAACAAUUAAAUUGGCUUCUCUCCUACGCUGUGAGGCUCGAAUAUGGAGACAACGUUACUAAAUAUAAGGAUGUCAAAGUUGAACAACCUAAACAAGCAACACCUAAUGUGGUGUCUUCGAACCCAUUGGACAAUCUUGACUUUGGCAGUUCUGCAUUUGUUGCUGGUGUCGAUAGAGUAUGUGCAUUAACCGGUGUAGGUCCACAUCCCAAUCCAAAAUUCAGACUAUCAGCAGUAGCAAAGAUAUUAAAAACUGCACCUCAUCCCGACCAUAACAAAGGUGAUGCAAGUAUUGUGCAACAACCCAACGAUGUGUUGAAACUCUUGUUUAUACAGGACUUGAGGGAACUUCAAACUAAAAUCAAUGAAGCUCUAGUUGCAGUACAAUCUGUAACAGCCGACCCUCGCACUGACACCACAUUGGGCAGAGUUGGGAGAUAAAUUAUUACUAUUGAUAUUGAUUUACUUAAAUAAAUUUGAAGCUGCAACCUUUUUUGACUGAAAAGUAAACAACACCAAAUAUCUCCGAUGGUUAAAAUAUAAUAAAACACUAAGCAAAUAA